AAGAAACUGUUGGUGGAAAGAGCUAUUCAUUCUACGAAACUGCAGGAUACUUAGGAAAGAUAGGAAGGAAACUUAGGAAAGUCGAAUCUCUGUCCCAGAAUGCCCGUGGCAUUAAAUCAGACGGAAGUUUAGAUGAACUCUUGGAGAUAUUGUCAAACAGAAAAGCUAUUACCGUUUGUUUACAAGAAAUAUUAUGGAAAUAUGGAAGAGGUUCUUGA